CAACUAUCUCCCCUCAAUAAGCAAAGCAACAAGCAACAAAAAAAAAUGAGUCCCAGCAUCACUACCGAGGCCGACCAGCCCCUCCCUGCCAGGUCCACCGUGGCCCAGAGAAAACAAGCCAACGAACUGAGAAAGACUCUCAAGCCCUUGUUGGAAAAGAAAAGGCGUGCUCGUAUCAACGACAGUCUGAGUCAUUUGAAAAGUCUCAUCCUUCCUCUGGUUGGCAAAGACAACGCUCGCUACUCCAAGUUGGAGAAAGCUGAUAUUUUGGAAAUGACCGUCCGCUUCCUCAGAGACCUUCCUUCCACUCCUGUCAAAGAUUCCGCAGACAGUUACAGAGAAGGUUUCAAAGCCUGCCUCCAGCGCGUCUCCACUAUGCUUCCCAAAACAAGCCUGGAUCAAGACGCGUGUCAGCGGGUGAACGAAUUCGUUCAGCAGUCCUCCUCCGCCACAGUCACCCCAACCUGCCUGAACUGCUGCGCUCAGAGCUCCAGGACUCUCCCUCAGAUGCAACAGAAACUCCUGAGCCUCAAAUCCAGCUUCAGCUCCAGACUGGAGAGCCAGUCCCGCGGCAGCAGCAGCAGCGCAGUGGCUCCCAGCCGCGCACUGCCCGGCCCACAGGCAGUCAGCGCUGCCAUGUGGAGACCUUGGUAGAAUAGGCGGACACUCAUUACUUGUUAUUUAUUUUGUGAUGUUAUUUAUGCUAUUUGUAUUCCAAUAUAAUAAGUCUUAGCAAAUAAGAAUUGUUGAAG